AUGUGCAAAGAAGAGGAACCGCUUGCGCUGUGUGACUUGGGUUUAUUUUCAUCCCAAGUAGCACUCGCUCCAGGACUCAGCCUGAAAUCACACCAAGAAUUUGUUCUCGAGGCCACAACAUUUUACUGGCUCGGACUAAUUCACCUGCACUAUCGAGCCAACUUUGACGCUUACCGCCGUCUUCAGAGGGACGUCGCAAACGGCACCCUCGUCUCCGGUGACUCCUUCUACAUCCGUGUCAACCUCAAAAUCUCGGGCCAGUCGGACAACUGUUCGCUGAGUGUGCGCUGUGACGAGGUGGUGCACGUCUUAGACACCAGAUACCAGGGCCGCUGUGAGUGGCUGUGCUCCCGCGUCGACCCCUACACGGGCUCCGACCAGACCGAGCGCGGUACCUUACCCAGCAACUCCCGGGCCCAGCAGCUGCUCCUAGUGAAGAUACAGAAGUUAGUGUAUCGAGGAGGGAAAGAAGAAAAUGAAAUCCACCGCAACAGUAGGAGCAAUUUACAGACAGAGGAGGUGAACGCCACACCUGAUCCUAAAGCCAGCCCACGCCUGUCUAGAGCCAGCAUCUUCCUCACUCAGAUACUACAGUUUGUCAGCCGGGUGGAUAUCAAGUACAAGCGAAUGAACAGCAAUGAGCGUGUGAGGCUCAUCAACUCAGGCAGCGCAUCGCUACCCAGACACGGCUUGGAGACGCUGAGGCCAGAAGAUGCUGCUGACCCAGACAGUGAGCUGAGCAGGAGUUUGAACCUGAUUCCCUACAGUCCCGUCACUCCCCAGAGGACACAGAGGAGGAGACCGGUCAUAUUCACCCCCACUGCUCUGGCCAAAACCAUUAUUCAGAAAAUACUGAACAUGGGCGAAGCCAUGGACUUCGACAUCUGCAAACCGGACACUCUGUCCAAAGAGGAGUUCCACCUGAAACAGAACGUGGAGCCUUUCAUUCACUACAAAGAGAAGCACGCCACAUUUGAAUGCAUCACCCGAGAAAACAUUGAGGCGGUUGCAGCCAAGGGCAAACACUGUCUGCUGGAGGCCGAGCUGAGCUGCGUCAAAGAUCUGCUACGGAGAGAAAUCUACCCGAUCAUCAUCCACGUCAAGAUCUGUGAAAGAAAUGUCAAGAAGUUACGGAAGGUGUCUCCACGCGUCGACUCGGAGGAGGAGUUUGUCAGGUCGUGUCGGGCGAAAGAUAAGGAGCUGGAGACCAUUCCCUGCCUGUACGCCAGUCUGGAGCCCGAGGCCUGGACGGGGGUGGACGACCUGAUUCGGGUCGUCAAGGAUCGGAUACUCGACGAGCAGAAGAGGACGGUCUGGGUGGAGCAAGACCUUUUGUAGACAAACAAGCACAUGACACCAUGUAGUCUGACUGUACGUCAACGUUUGCAGAGCACUAUAAAACACACAGUCUGGUUUCCAUGACAUUACGUUGACUUACAUUCAUUUCCUGGAGACUGACUGUCACCUGAAUCAUAACUACUACUGACCUAUCCACAAUCCUAACCAUCCCACCACAACAUGUCUUCGACCUUAAAACUGAAUCAUUUACGGUAUGUCCCCCGUAAGGAAGACCAGAAGAAGGAGUUCCCACAAAAUGACUGUGUGAACAGAUUUAGGUCCCGACAACAGGAGUAAGACCAGGAACACAUGCACACCAACAAGCCUAAAACCAAACCCUAACUUUAAACCAGGUUAUGGCUAACUCAGAACUUAGCCCUAAACCUAAAACCAGGUUAUUAGUUCCUUAGGACCAGGUUUUGGUACACACACAUAUUUUGUACAUCAUGCUUUUGUGCUCAAAAAGCAUAUAUAGAUAUACAUAUAUAUUGUAAAUGUGUGCAUUACUUUUUGUGUAAUAAACAGAUUGAAAACA